AUGACGAUUUCUCUAGAUCGAUUGCCGUUCGAUAUCCUCUUUCAUAUUGCAUCGAGCCUGGAACCUGAGGCCAUCAUUCACCUUGGCCAGACAUGUCGCCAGCUACAUGCUCUGCUCAACGAAAGGACGCUUUGUCGGCGCGCAGUCGAAAUUCACUAUCCGCAUACCGAGGAGGCUCGAUUAGCACGAGCAGAAGAUAUUACGUACAAACAGGCAUUAAGCGCCAUUUACGACCGACGCCAUGCCUUCUCCCACGCGUAUCCUUUUUCAGCUCGUAUACUUGGCCAAGGAAGUACCUUCCUAUAUCGUCAAGGGACAGUCUGUGUGUCAGAAGGCGAUACUGUCCGCAUUUCGGAUGUGCAUGCCCUAUCUGAUACCUGUCAACUUGAUCUCCCUGCCAUUAUCCGACCUAUACUGGAGUCGAAUUUCGCGUCACCUGGACGCUUCAAGGUUUCUUUGCUUUACUAUAGUGACGGCAUUCUCGCUGCCCACGCAGUUGGUGGGAGCGAGGCUAACAUUGACCAUAUUUUCGCUAUCAGUACGGCUGCCCAACCACCCAUUGGAGGGAGGGUCAUUAGAGCCUUUCAAGUUGCAUCAAGCACCAAACUCUUUGUCCGACACAACGCUCGAUACCUUUAUUACGGCACUCACAGUGGAAUGGGCCACGAUGAUCACCACAAGUGGAUAAUUGACGGUAUUUCUUUGGACAGAGAUUUUCUAUUACCUGACCGCAAACGACCUUUGCUGCUAGAAAACUUUCAUGGCACUGAUAUUGGGUCUACCGUUGUAUUUGAGAUACACAAUGACUUUUUCUACGCGGUAUCCAACCAGGGAACCUUUGAGGUUGAAGAGAUAGACUAUACAUCUUUCUAUCAUUGGGUCCGCUUUCCUGUCAACCAGCCACUUCCCGACUUCGUGGAGAAGAACGAGCGUCUUUACCGCCGCCAGCAUAGGCAAGGGCCUAUACACGAUUCCUGGACUGAUCUCACUUUGCAACUUGAUGAGCGCACAAACGAAACGAUGAUCGUUGAGUCGCGGCGUGAGUGGGCGCAAGCAUCCUCACGGCAGUCACGCACGUUCUACGUCACAUCACUUGAGCUGGAUGAAGCCCCCGUGUCUUCUCCCAGUGCAGAAAGCUCGGACGAACCACUUCUCCCCGACGAUAUUCUUGCUGGUCUCGUCGAUUCAACAAACAACCCAAACUUCAUGCGUACGCCGCGCCAGUAUAGCUGGAGCCAGCAUCCUGAGUUCUCGAAAUCUGACGUUUCUCCACGGUCAUUCAUUCUAGCAAGGACCAAGCUCAGAGCGUACAAUUACUCUUGCACGUCGUUCCUUGACCUGGUGGAAGACGAACGAUGCUGCAAUGAUCCCUCGAGACCUCCUUGCCUGAGGCUAAGAAUAGGGUCGCGGCGCGAAGCACCACUCGACAUAGCACCAUCAAAUAUAAGGGGCAAAGAGCGAGUUGACGAGAUGGAACUAGACUUUGCCGACAAAACAGUCUACCGCCAUUCUCCCAUCCGCAUGUGGCCACCCCCAGCAUCUCGAUGUCCCUGCUCAAAACGCUUACACGGUAUAAUCAACCCAACCCUUCCAUAUGGGCCGUCGCAUACAAGAACGAUUAUCGGCGUGCUCGAUGACCGUAGCUUGGUGUACAUGGUCAAGCCUGGCCGUUCGUAUGGCUCGAGUGAUGACAAGGUAAUGGGAACUAUUGUACUUGUGGACUUUAGUCGCCCAUUCAAGUCUCAAGACGCUGGACCAACAUCCUCCGUCUCGAUGUCAAGGAUGGAUAGUAAAAUGGACGACGAGUUCAGUCCUGCUUCGUGGGAGUGGACACCCGGGCUCGAGAAGCGCUGUCAGAACGGGACAUGCCGAUGA